AGAGGGGCGGGGCGGGGGCGAGGCCCGGGCGAGGACCGGGCUGCUGGAGUUCGCGCGCUGUCUGCGCAGGCCCAGUGUGCACGCCGUCGCUACGCUGGGCGGCUAACAUGGCGGCCUCCAGGUGGCUGUGCGCGGUCCUUCUGUUUUUGUGUGCCUCGGACCUUCUGCUGCUCCCUUCUCCUGGGGCCUGCGCGGCCGACACGCCGGGCGAAGCUACCCCACCUCCACGGAAAAAGAAGAAGGACAUCCGCGAUUACAAUGAUGCCGACAUGGCGCGACUUCUGGAGCAGUGGGAGAAAGAUGAUGACAUAGAAGAAGGAGACCUUCCAGAACACAAGAGACCCUCUGCACCUGUUGACUUCUCCAAGCUCGACCCCAGCAAGCCUGAGAGCAUCUUGCAGAUGACAAAGAAAGGGAAGACUCUGAUGAUGUUCGUCACUGUGUCAGGGAACCCCUCCGAGAAGGAGACAGAAGAGAUCACCAGCCUAUGGCAGGGCAGCCUCUUCAAUGCCAACUAUGAUGUUCAGAGGUUCAUCGUGGGAUCAGACCGAGCUAUCUUCAUGCUCCGGGAUGGGAGCUAUGCCUGGGAGAUCAAGGACUUUCUGGUCAGCCAAGACAGGUGUGCUGAUGUCACUCUAGAGGGACAGGUGUACCCUGGCAAAGGAGGAGGAAGCAAGGAGAAAAAUAAAACAAAGCCAGAGAAGGGUAAAAAGAAGAAGGAGGGAGAUACCAAACCACGGGCUUCCAGGGAAGACAACCGAGCUGGGAGCAGAAGAGAAGACCUCUAGCCAGGUGGUAAGCUUCCUGCCAGGCAGGCAGGACCACACAGCCCCUUGCAGGCCCAUGAGGAACCUGCAUACCAGUUGACAGUCUCAUGUCUUCUAGAAAGGGCCUGUGCAUGACCUCUGGUCAGUAUCACAGUUACUGUAUGAAGGCUUCACAUGUGAAGGCAGGCUUUGUGAUUGGUAGUGGACACUGGCAAGUCAUGCUAACUGUGACAUCAGCUGACAUGGAAACUUGAUGGAUGUUUUGUUCCUCUUACAUCUGGUGAGUCCUCCAGAGUACCACUUCCUCCCUCUUCACUGCUCUUGAUGUGUCUGUGUCUUAUACGUUCUCGUCAGCCGAGCCGAGAACCUGUGGCUUGACUGAGGCAGGCAUCGACUGUGCAGUCGGUGAAGAAAAAUGUGCUGUGUGAGCGGUGCAUCUCGCUCCGCACACCAGGGAUCCAGACAGCAAGCUCAUUACAGCAAGUGCAGAUCAUGAGUCGGCGCCGCUCUGAUGCUAAGGAAUCAUUUCAGAUGGUUCCGGUGCUCCUCCUCGGUUUAGGGGAGCCACUGUCUGUCAGUCUUCCUGUGGUUGUGGGGGGAAUGCUGGAGGAGAGAAGGGUGCUUCAGUUGAGGGCUCGUGCUCUCAUGGCUCGACAACUGUAAAGUUGGUGAGGACGAGGGGCCAGCAGCAUCUCCAUCGAGUGGCCCUCAUCUACAGUAUUUCUAAGUGGUUUUCUGUGAUAAAGUGCCUAAACUCGUGCUUUCUUAUGGUACUCUCCUGGUGUGCUGCGGCUCUUCACAUCUGGGUUUUGCUGUUCGUAGGUUGAAGCCUAUCUAAAAGAACAUUUCUAUGAGGAUGCCUUUUCUGAGAACUGUAAAACUGCAGUUGUGAUUUUAAAUUCAAGUUAGAAAAUGUACACAUCCAUGGCUAGAAAGUGCGCCUGUCAGAGUGUUGCAGUGUGAAAUUGCCCUACCCUGCUUCAAUACUUCCUUCCAGUGGAGCCACUGUUGAUCAUUGGUUUUUCAAAAAUAAAGUGCGUUUACGAGCUUCCA